GCAGUUUAGUGUUUAACUCAUUCUGUUUUCGUACAGUAAAUAUUCAGUUGUUUUCGCCCCGCCUAUCCCUUUGUCGGCAUUGUAGAUUGCAUAGCUGUGCUUCAAAAUAUCACAAAUUAGCCAUCUGCAACUGUAAUUAAAAUAAAGAUGAAUAAAUGUAUGCUGGCAUGUUUCAUAUUUACAACCUGCAUGCUUUAUGAAGCAGUUGCACACUUUCAUGAUAAAUUUCUUGAUGAUUCCGAUCAUGAAAUGAUCUCUCGUAUUCCCCGUGGUAUUCAUGGAAAGCGAAAAGAUGGAGAGUGCCGUUAUAAAAAGGGACUAUGGAGUGAUUGUGAUGCAACAUCUAAUAUGCAAAGGAAAACUCUUAGCUUGAAAAAGGGUGAUGCAUCAUGCGAGCAAACAAAAGUUAUUACAAGAAAGUGUAAAAAGGCUUGCAAGUAUGAAAAAGGUGAAUGGAGUGAUUGUGACAUUGGUAGUAAUUCUAGAUCACGAACUGAUACAGUGAAACCUGAAAGUGAUUCUAGUUGCCCUCCUACUAGAGAGAUUUCAAAGAAGUGUAAGAAAGGUACAGUUUGUAAGUAUAACAAGCAAGCUCAAUGGAGUGAAUGUGAUCUUUCAACUGGUAAAAAAAUGAAAGUGUUGGUGUUGAAAAGUUCCAGUUCCCAAGGCUGUGAACCAAGUAAAAAGAUAACAAAACCGUGCCACAAAGGUUCCAAUCACGGAAACCACAAGGGUGGUAACAAGGAUAGGCAAAUUGAUGAUGAUGGUGAUUAUGAAGAUGAUGAUUGAAUCGAAGGCUGGAAGAAGCUGCACAUAGGAGACUAUAUUGGUUUUUCUUAUGUUUUACAGUUUAAUUAUCCAUAAAGAAUUGAUGUUUUCUUUUGUAAUGUGUUAAAUGUGAACUGUGAAUUUUACUUAGGUAGAAGUAUUUCCAGUAACUUUGUAGUUAAUACUUAUGAAAAAAAAAAUUCUUGUAAAAUCUACCUGUAUAUUGUAAAGUCUACCUCUAGUCUGUCUAGAUACUUAUUGUACUUCAAAUCCAAAACUCUUUUUUAAUCAUGCUAUUUGCUGGGCAUCUCUUGUACAUUUACUUAACUUAAACAUCUGCUUUAAAAGCAAAAUAUUACGUCUACAUUUUUAUAUGACUUUACAUUGAAACAUUAUCUUUCAAACUUUGUUCAUGGAAUGCUUGUUUUUAUGCUUUAUUUAUUGUUCUGUUAGUUUAUUUUAGCUUAAUGUUGACAACUUUCGUUUCAUUAUGGGUGCUAAUGCAUCAUUUUUUAAAACUCUUUGUGUUGUUUACUCAAGUUAUUUACUUCUAAUGAGGUUACUGCAGUGUUUGAAACAUUCAUGUUUAACAUGGUUUUGUUCCAUUUUAUUUAUUCAUUAUGUGUACUUAACAAAAAAAAAAACAUUAUUAUACAAUAAAAUAUACAUAUUUUUUGAAUAUAUUAACAAGAAUUUCGAAGUUUUCGGUAAAAUUUACAAUUUGUUUAUCAGAAUUGUGUGUGUGUAAACAUUCUUCCGAUUUCGGUUCAUCUUUGAAAUUGCAACCUUAUAUUUAAUUCAAAUGUAAAACUUAUUUUUUCCUGUUUACUAACAGUGUAACAUAUUGCUAGUGCAUAUAAAAUUUUUGAAAAAUAAUUAAAUUAACUGAAUACUUAAAUUUAGUUUAAAUUGGAAAAUUAUAUUUUUAUUAAGGAGCAAAAUUGCCCCCUCCUGUCGAAAAAAAAAAAAUUGUAUAAAUACGAUUAAUUAUGUGACUCAUAAAACAAAUGCAUUAGUUCUCCUUAUAUGAUAACAUAAACAUCUCUUUAAAGUUACGUUUAUAAUGAUUCCUUGUCUAAUACCUAAAAAAAUUUUUAAUUCCUUCAUAUCAUGAAAUGUUUUUAAAAUGACUUUUUAAUCUAGGUGUUUCAGUGUUAUUGCUAUUUUAUUCAUCAUCCAUGUUGUUGAAAUAAGUACUUCAUAAUAUUUUGUGUUUAAUAACUUUUAAAAAGUCUUAUAGUGAUAAUAUUGGGAAAUGGUUUGAAAUCUUUUCAAUGGUCAGUUACUUUAAAUUCUAAUACUGUCAAUUGCAACAUUUUGCAUGUUUACACUACUUAUAACAAGUAAUAGUGUACAAUGAUUAUUAUUUAAGCAGUUUUUGGUUUCUUGUUCCCAAGUUGCCAGAAGAAAUAAGAAAAUUCUAUGCAUAAUUCAACACUCUAACUUGAAUAAAUUUCUAAAAAAAAAAUUUUUUUUUUAUUUUAUAAUAUAAUAAGCUGUUUAAAAGCUUGAGCAACCAAUUCAAGAUUCUUGACAGUUGGCUUUGGAUGAGUCCACCUCAAAAUCGGUUGAAAACAAGAUAAGCAUGUGCUGCUUUUGUCCAUUGUUGUUGAAGCAAGUUUUUUUUAAGUUAUUGUUUGUUUACUAUACAAAUAUUAUGGCCUUAGUCUCAGAUGAGGAGCACACUGGAAGUCUGGAUUUGCUUCUCCCAGAUACUGUCCUCCUCAUUUCCUGUGAAUUCAAUAUCUCUUCCACUGAGUGCCAUGAAUGCUGAACCACACAAUACUAGUUUUUUUUUCAGUAUAUACUAUGUGCAGCACCUAUGUUAUAAAUCGUAUGCUGAAUAGAAUUCCACUAAAGCAGUUAUUUUACUUUUGCAAACCUUGCCUCAAUAUUUGACUAUAGUGAAAUAAACUUUUGGAGCUUUAUUUCUUAUUUUUGUAAAAUUUCAUCUGGUUUACGAUUACCAAAAUUCAACAUUGUGUUGAUUUCUUUUUUUAAUUAUUAUUUGGGUUCUGAUUCUUUGAAAAAAUAUUAUUUAAUCAGAAUAUAGAUUUUCUAUGUUAAAAUAAAAUUUAAAUAAUUGAUUGCAUUAAUAGUGGCUUAAUUUCCAUAUGCAUUUUUUUCUUUUAAACUGAUAACCAUGAUUAUUACAAUUUUGCAUAUACAAAAUGAGGGCAUUUUACUUAUAAGGUAAGACUGAAUAUAUGUAAUUUUUUCUUCUAAAUUAUGCAGAUAAACGCUUUUUUUUCCUAUGUGAAUACUUAAGAGGGAACAGUUAUAGAAUUAUUGUUAUUAUUAAUAAUUUUGUUUAAAAAAAAGUGUUUCAAUUGAUAAUAUUUACUUAUCAGCCUGUUUAAAAUAAAACAAGCUGUAAUAUAAACAAAUUAUAAGUAUUAUUUAGUAUUGUGGUUUUCUGGAGGAGUAAUUGUAUGAUAUUCAUACAUUUACAACUCUUUGUUCCUUAAGUAGCAAAAGUAAGAAGCAUCUUUCAUUAUCACUAAGUUUCAUGGUUUCCUAUUCCAUCAUUCUGAUACUCAUAGAUGAAAGUAAUUGAAGUGAAAUUAUAAUUGUGUGCAUAUUGAAUGAUAGAACUUAUAGUGCAGCAUAAACUGCUUCAUUUUUAAGUACUUCAAUAUGAAUUAUUUAAUGUUAUUGAUGCAUGAACUACAUACUUUUUCUCUUUUUAUAUCUGAAAAGAAAGUGGUAAAAAAAUCAGUUGAGUAUUUAAUUUAAUAUGUAGCAGUUUAUUUUUCAGAGUUAAAAGAUACUGACAAUUUAUAUGCUAAACAUACAUUCAAAAUUUCAUACAAUUUGUGCAUGUGAAACACAUUUAAAACAUUACUACCCCCCUUGCCACAAUAUUUGUUUUCUAAAAAUUACUUCUAGUGUUCCUUUUAUGUUUUCUCUUGUUGCAAAUUUUUGGAAGAAAUCUCUUUUGUUGUGUUAAAAGGCAAGUUUCUCGGAGUUUUUUUUUUUUUUUUUUCUAUUUUCAUUUAAUUUACAUUGGUAUUUUCCAAGGCUUUUAAAAAGAAAUAUGUUUUAACUUCAUGCAUCUGUGCCAAAUGUUAAUUUUAUAUUUACAUUUUGUGCCAAAUAUGACUGGUGUAAUGAAUUGAACUUUGUACUGAUAUUUUCAUAUUUUGUAACGCUGCAAUGGAUUUCAAUGACUUUAUUUUUAAUGUCUAAUAAAAUUUUGUUUGAGUUUACA